AUGCUGAGCAACUCCUCCGCCGGAGGAAUCUCUCACUUGCAGCACGUGCACCACGCCUUGGCACGCUUGCUGCCUCUCUUCCCCUCCGGAAACUCUCGCUUUCACUCUGCAGUGGGAGUGUCCGGAUUGCUCCGGCGAGAUCGAUCCUCAUGGCGGCUGUCGCCGAAUCCAACGAACAAUCGGAUCUCAUGGCUGCGAUUCACGGGACCAUGUGGGCAUAAUUUCUGUCUCAAGUGUUUUAGGAAAUGGACUGUUGGUCAAGGCAAGCGUACUUCUCCAAAAUGCCGCACUGCCUUUCCUGCCGUAAUGGUCACAAAUCCUCAGAUCAACUAUGCACUUGUCUCUGCCAUUCGUCUGGCCAAAGGUCCUAAAACUAGAAUACACAGGAAUUUCUAG